GAGGGAGAGAGAGAGAAGGCAAAUGUUCCCCCAGCUGUUUCCUGUCUCAGUGUCUGUGUUUUGUAGAUAAAUGUGAGGAUUUUCUCUAAAUCCCUCUUCUGUUUGCUAAAUCUCACUGUCACUGCUAAAUUCAGAGCAGAUAGAGCCUGCGCGAUGAAAUAAAGUCCCUCAAAAUUGAAAUGUGACAUUGCUCUCAACAUCUCCCAUCUCUCUGGAUUUCUUUUUGCCUCAUUAUUCCUGCUCACCAAUUCAUUUCCAGACUUUGUACUUCAGAAGCAAUGGGAAAAAUCAGCAGUCUUCCAACUCAAUUAUUUAAGUGCUGCUUUUGUGAUUUCUUGAAGGUAAAGAUGCACACCAUGUCUUCUUCACACCUCUUCUACCUGGCCCUCUGCUUGCUCACCUUCACCAGCUCGGCCACAGCUGGACCAGAGACGCUCUGUGGUGCUGAGCUGGUGGACGCGCUUCAGUUCGUGUGUGGAGACAGGGGCUUCUAUUUCAACAAGCCCACGGGGUACGGCUCCAGCAGUCGGAGGGCACCUCAGACAGGCAUCGUGGAUGAGUGUUGCUUCCGGAGCUGUGAUCUAAGGAGACUAGAGAUGUACUGCGCACCCCUCAAGCCUGCCAAGUCGGCCCGCUCCGUCCGUGCCCAGCGCCACACUGACAUGCCCAAGACUCAGAAGUAUCAGCUCCCAUCUACCAACAAGAAAAAGAAGUCUCAGAGGCGAAGGAAAGGAAGUUCAUUUGAAGAACGCAAGUAGAGGGAGCGCAGGAAACAAGAACUACAGAAUGUAGGAAGAGUCUCCUGAGGAGCCAAGAAUGACAUGUCACCGCAGGAUUCCUUGCUCUGCGUGUUACCUGUUAAACAUUGGAACACCUACCAAAAAAUAAGGUUGAUAGCAUUUCAAAGAUGGGCAUUUCCCCCAAGGAAAUAUACAAGUAAACAUUCCAACAUUGUCUUUUGCAGUGAUUGUUAAAAGAUUUGCACCUUGCAAAAACAGUCCUGGAGUUGAUAGAUUGCUGUUGAUCCUAUAUCAAUCAUGUUCUAUAGAGAAAAAAAUAUAUAUCUUAGUCCCUGCCUCUUAAGAGCCACAGAUGCAUGGAUGUUGUUCAGACCCAGCUGCCCUCAGUUCCUUUCUGAAUCUUGGCUGAUGCAGCAUCCAUUCAGCAACCUGGUCUAAGUGGUUUAUGAAUUGUUUUCUUAUUUGCACUUCUUUCUACACAACACGUUUAUUUUACAAUGUCUAAUAAUCUUCUUUGUCUAUCCCCAUCACUCACCCCUUCAUGUCAUUUACGUUUUUCUAAUUUGGCCUCCUCAAAAGCAGUAGCAAGAAGUCAAAGAGCCCACCGAUGUUUAACCUACAAGAUUCAAUCUGUGGCAUCUGUACCAAAUAUGAAUUGGGUGCAUUUAUUUUAAACAAAUAGCUUUAUUUUUCCACAUCAUGCCACCAAAAAAAAAAUAUAUAUAAGAACGCAAGCAGUUGCAACUUUGAGGCCAAUCAUUUUUAGGUGUAUGUUUGAAACAGAAAGUCUCUUAAACUCUCAAUGGUUCCUUCGAAUGAUGAGUUAGCGUGCAACCUGAUUAGUAAAUUCUCUCUUUUUAUUUUUUCCAUGUAGAGCACUAUGUAAAUUUAGCAUAUCAAUAAUACAGGAUAUAUCAAACAGUAUGUAAAACUUUGUUUUUUAGUACAAUGGUGCUAUUUUGUAGUUUGUUAUAUGAAAGAGUCUGGUCAAAACGGUAAAAGGCGAAAGCAAAGCAGGAGGGAAAGCCUGGAGCCAAGGAUGGUACCAAGGGGAGGGAAACUGGAAAUUCCAUCCAUUUAGGAAAGAGGGCAAAGUCCCCCAAUUAUGCCUCAGAGGAAUUUAACAUACAAAACACCAAUGCAAAUUCGACUGGCACGUCCAGAGAGGAAGCCCUGGAAUGGGAAAAGCAAAGGCUAGGAAUUUUAAUAGUCCUGGUUUCUGUUUCUUGCCUAAGAAACAUCCAGCUCUGCCACAGACUCACCACUGUGUGACCUUGGGCAAGUCGCUUCACCUCUCUGUGCCUCAGUUUCCUCAUCUGCAAAAUGGGGGCAAUAUGUCAUCUACCUACCUCAAAGGGGUGGUAUGAGGGUCAAAAAGAUGAAGCUUCAGAUUUUUAACCUGGGUUGGUAGGAGGGCACAACACCAGAGCCCUUGAAUUGCUGGGAUAUAUGGAAUUCUAUAAACAACCCAUUCACAACAUGGCUAGAGGGUUAUUAACCAAAUGUUUUUAUGAAUACAAGUGAAAAGAGAGAAAGGAAAAGAGAACAGUAGAAAAACAAAAAGAUUUCUACCAAUGAAAGGGUAAUCAAUCAAUCACUCCGUUUGUUAAGUUCUUAACUGGUUUUUUCCAAGUGGUUGCCUUCUAUCUAGUAGCACCUCUUUAAAUGUGACAAAUAAUAUUCUACUCAUUUGGAAAAACACACUUUUCUUGCUUCUUAGAAAAAAUACAAGAAAAAUGGCCUGAGAUUUUAAAUAUUGAAGUAAUAUCCACUAAAAUAUCACAUAGUUACUUUCUUUAAUGGACUUUAUUCUUAUCCUUAGUUGUAUAUAUACACACGUAUUUUAUAUUUUGUGAAAAUAUGCUGACUACAGUUGGUAAUUAAGAGACAAAAAAUUCCUCCUCAACCUUGAAAUUUCUCCUCAUAUCUGCUUAGAAGAGUGAUUCCGAACUUUCUGUGAAUGUCUUACACAUUCAACUGAACAUUGAUAUUAAGAAAAUCCAAAAAUGAGGACAGCCCCCCAAAAUGCUCCCUGUCUAUGGAUCAGGAUUUUCCUUUUAGAACAAUGAACUAUCCAGCAUUCAGAUGUUUUUAUCUGCCUUAGAUAUUUUGGUGAAAAGCACACAGUUUGAGUAUGUCAUGUAAAUUUUUAUCUUUUAUGUUCUUGGAAAGUAUAUAUGAAAAACAAAAAUGACAUCUUUAGGUUUUGGGUUUUUCUUUCUUUCUACCUUUCUUACUGGGUCUCCUCAAGUUUAAGAGGCCAGGAAAAAAAAAAGGAAGACUUCCUGAAUCUCUGAUAAUAUGCAAAAAGAAGGCCUUAUUCAGUGGAGUGUUCCUGUUCAGUCAACUAGCAUCUUAACACUCAGUCCUCAGAGUCAUUUGAAUCAAGCGCCUUGGGGAUGUUGAGUAAGGCUCUGAUCUCUAUGGAGAGAUGUCAAAAAAAAAAAUCCUAUAAAUUGUUUUUGCUCUCUGCCUGUUUUUCUAGACAUGGAUUCUAUGGAAUGAGAUGCUAGACCUAAGCAUCUCUCCAAGAUGGCUCUUCUGAUUUUUAUUUCUUGUUCCCAGUGUAUACCUUUUAAAAUUGCUGACUCCCAGAAAAACUUCACAGGCAGUCUUCCCCAGAUUUAUGGGUUUCUUGACAUAGUUGGAUAUGAUAAUUCUAAGGGUGACUACGACAUAUUUUAUUCAUUUAAUUCUACAUGCAGUCAAAAAUAUCCCAAUGAGGAAAGCUUCAAUAUGUGAUACCACGUCAUUUUAAACAAUAUUUUCCAAUACACAAUCCCCUUGAGCUGGAUCCUAAAUCAACAAAUAAAAAUUAAUUAAUUAGGCUAGCCCACCCUUUUACUUCCAAAUGAAUUAACACUCGAAGACAAAUAGAUGUUAUUGCUGCAAUUCAAUUGAUUACUGCCACAGAAUGGCUCAGGAUUGACAGGAAAGAACUAGAACUUCACAGCUCAAAAUUUUACCCACUUUGCUAUGGAGUUACAUUGCUUUAGUACUUAGAAAUGGGGCAAUUUUCAGUUGUUUAUAAAAAGAAUGACAAAAAUUGGUAGGAUGAGCUUUCAAUGGAUAGUUUUAUUUCCAAUGUAAUUGACAGUAUUCCACAUCUCUGUCAAUUUUUGGUUUCUCUUCCCCAAAUAGUGUAAAGAAUUAUUUGACUAUUUCAAGAUUAGGCAAUUUCACUGGACAGGCGAAUGCAUCUCUCCAUCAAAACUCACUCUUCUAUUUUAAAAGAAAAUCUCAUCAUCCAGACUGCACACACACAUGUACACAUGCUCACCCUAAGAGACCAAUGGAAUCCUGAGUGGAAAAAAAAAUUACUUCCUUGAAAAUCUUACUUAAAAAUAAUGAAAACCAACAAAGCCUCCCUAUGAAUCCUUCCUUUCCCUUCCCUUAGAACAUGGAUGUUUGUAUAGAUGAAAACAUCUCAUGCUCUGUGGCUCCAGGGUUUCUGUUACUAGUUUAUGGCUUGCAAGAAUGCUUAGAAUGAAGAUGUAGCAUAUUUUGCUUUCCCAUUUAUUGUUUGGCCAGCUAUGCCAAUGUGGUGCUAUUGUUUCUUUAAGAAAGUACUUGACUUAAAAAAAAAUGAAAAAAAGAAAAAAAAAGAAAGCAUAGACAUAUUUUUUUAAAGUAUGAAACCAACAAUUCUAUAGAUAGAUGGCUUAAUAAAAUUGCAUUAGAUCUAGUCACACCACCUUUCAACUUUGUAUCACUCACAAGUAAAGUGUUGUUCACCAAAUUGUGAGUUUGGGGGUACUGGGGUAGAAGAUGGAAAUUUUUAAAAGUUACAAGGCUCCAUUAUUUCGUUGGCUCUCAAACUCAGCAAAAUCAGCAAUAUUUCAUCUAAUCCAAACACUUUGAUCAAGCGCAUGGAGUAUAAAGGGAAAGAAAAAGAAAGCUCUUCUAGGUAAAUGGCAGAACUAGAAAGAGUAUUCAGUUGCUUUUUGAUUUUUUUUUUUUUUUUGUGCUCUGCUCUAAAACAGAUAUUCAGCAAGUGGAGAAAAUAAAAACAAAGAGAAAAAAAAAUGCAUAGAUUCGCCAACUACUAAAAACAGCUUCUGCCACAUCUUCCUGGGGUGUUCUUGGGUAUGGUCUGUAGAAGAUCCUCUCCCUUCUUCAAAGAUCUCAAACAGGCAGGAGCUCUCCUAAAACACAAUCACUGAUCUCAUUGGGAAACGUGGGAAAGGACUUCCUUAUGAGAUGGGAGUCAUCUGCUGAUUAAGAAAGAGAAGCCUUUAUGAGAAAUUGUUGAAAGAGAUGUUACAAUCUGUGAAGAUGUUUUUGUUCUCAGUUUCUGAUUUUUUUUUUUAACUUUAAACUGCCUUUAUGAAUACCCGAAUGUUCCAAAUGACUUGGUCCUUUUCUUCUUUCUUCAUAUUGGAAUGAGGGGAUGAUAAGAUUAAACCACAUAUACUCUUUAAACCAUAGGCUAGAUAGAAACAUAUGCUUGACUUAUCGAAUCCAACUAUUUAAAAUGUUUUGCUAUUUUUAACCUUGAAAGACGGUCCUAAAUUGAGUCUGUUUGGCUGUCCUCAUAAGAAAGAGCAUUUCCUUUCAAAUCACAUGGAUUUCCCAUCGAUGUUUUCAAAAGGUAAAUCUGAUCUAUGAUAGGGUCUCAUGUACUUUAAAAUACAGUAGAAGAACUAGCAGUCUUCAUGAAGCCCCUUCCCUGAAAUGAUCAUAAAGUCCAGGAUCUGAGGGGGUGAAAACAAAAAAAAAAAUUUUGGAUUCUUUAUUUUUAUUUUUGUUAUGUUUUGUUUUCAAGGCUAGUGCUUAAUCUUAUAGUACAUAUUCGCUUAUUGCUAUUUUAAUAUUCUAUAAGACUUUCCUGUUAGGUAUUAGAAAUUGAUACAUAGAUAUCUUUUGUGUGUAAUUUCUAUUUAAAAAGAAAAGAAGACACAAAGACUGUCUAAAGCUUUAAGUGCAUAUGGUACAGGAUAAAGUUAAUGAUUUAAAUAAAUAAGUCCUAUGUGGAACAAUUUUUUUUUUUAAGGAAAACUCUCACAGAUAAAACAGGCCCAGGAGAUUUUGAAACUGUCUUUAUUCUUCUCCGUCCUUUUUUAAAAAAAAUCUGCCUCAGAAUUUUUUAGAGAGCUGAUCAAGCUGAAGUCCUAGAAUUAAAGGAACCUCUUUUAAAAAAAAACAUACACUUCACAUGGUCCCACUUAAUGUAUGAUUACAUUGAUCUUAAACACAGUCCUUCUCUCUCUAUUUUCCAAAUGUCACUGAUAUAAACUUUCAAGGGAAAUUUAAAAAAAAAAUUAAAAAGAGAGCGAACACAAGAGUCAGAGUGUUCCUGCCCAAUUGAAAUAUGAUCUAAGAUGGAAAUAGAGUUUCUCCUACUUAAAAAUCCAAUGCUGAUUCACCUUCAAAAUGACCUUUUACAAUCCUUAGAAUACUCCUUUGUUCAAAUUGCCCAGGCCUACAAGCAAACAUUACUCAUUUUCUUUUGCCCACAAUGCACUAAAAAUAUAAAGUGGAAAAAAUGAAAUUAGAAUUCUAAAAAUCCCUUCCAAGCCACCCACCGACCCCACUCACAGAUUCAUUGCAAAGUCACUCUGUUGAUCCCUUACUCUGAUUUUAUUUAGAUGUUUAUCUUGUACCUGCUGCUAAACACAGUGCAAGAGGGACUCUGAAACCUCAAGCUGUCUGCUCGCAUCUCUUCUCUGUGUCUAUGUAUCAUUAAAAUGUCUAUUCAAAAUAUCAAAAACUUUAAACAUCAUGUAGCUUAUAUUCAGUUCACAUAGAAGCCCCAAAUAGAUGUCAGAUCUCUUUUUGCUAAAAGAGUUAAUGAACUAUGAGAAUUGGGAUUACAUAAUGUAUUUUGCUUCAUGUAUUUUUAUCACACUUAUAGGCCAAAUGUGAUAAAUAAACUUACGGACACUGAAUUAAUUUUCCCCUGUUUUCUUUGAAACCAGAAAAUAAUGAUUGGUCAUUCAUUGUAUCUGUUUUAGUGAAAAGCAUACUUUUAUUAAAUUAAUUCUGAUUGCAUUUGAAAUUAUUAUUCAAUUCAUUUAUGGCAGAAGAAUAUCAGUCCUAAUGACUUCUAAAAAUGUACUAACUGAAUCAUUAUCUUACAUUUACUGUUUAAUAAGCAUAUUUUGAAAAUGUAUGGCUAGAGUGUCAUAAUAAAAUGGUAUAUCUUUCUUUAGUAAUUACAUUAAAAUUAAUCAUGUUUGAUUAAUUUGUUCUUUUGGAUAA